AUGGAAUUACUGCCGUGUCUACUAGUUUUCUUCCUCUUGCAUGUCCCGUUGGCCUGUCCUGCGCCGAGCGGCAUCCGCGCCACCCUCACCCACGUCGACUCCAAUGGCGAGUUCACCGCGUCGGAACGCUACCGGCGCGCCAUGCGACGUAGCCAGCACAGAAUGGAUGCCAUCGGAGAAAUGCUUACGGUCUCCGGCAUCGACGCCCGAGCCACGGUGCACGACGGUUUGGGCGAGUACAUGAUGGACCUCGCCGUCGGCACGCCGGCUCUGCCCUUCUCGGCCAUCAUGGACACCGGCAGCGACCUCGUCUGGGCUCAGUGCCAGCCAUGCGUCGAAUGCCUCCCCCAUUCGGCUCUUCAGUACGAUCCCUCCAAUUCUUCUACGUACUCAGCGUCGCCGUGCACCGAUUCCUACUGCACGGCCCUUCCUUCCACAUGCACGACGGCGUGUAUAUACCACUACGACUAUAUGGACUCCUCCUGGACCGAGGGAGUGCUCUCCACCGAGACCUUCACCUUCGGCUCCGGCGAUCCCAUCCCCGAUAUCACGUUUGGUUGUGGGUACAACAACUCUUUCAAUACCCCCUUCUACAGCUCCGGCCUCGUCGGACUCGGCCCGGGGUCGCUGUCUCUGGUGUCGCAGCUCGGCUUCGGGAAGUUCUCCUAUUGCCUCACCUCGAUCGAUGACCUGUCUUCUACCGGCACUCUACUGCUCGGAUCUUACGCAGACUUGAAAGAACCGGCAUCCGCGAUUCGAUCGACGCCACUGGUUGCUGAUUCCUACUACUUCCUGGAUCUGCGAGGGAUGUCAAUCGGUGCAACCCUGCUGCCGAUUCCAUCCGAUACUUUCGCUAAUAAUAUCUUCAUCGACUCCGGCACUACUUUCACAACUCUGCCACGAGCUGCUCUCGAGCUCGUCCAACAAGAACUCCGGUCUGUGGUGGAUCUGCCACCCGCAAACGAUAUCCCAUGGUUUGACACCUGCUUCCAGUUGAAAUCUGGCGAGGUUCCCCAGCUGCCGGACAUGACAUUCCACUUCAGUGGCGCCGACAUGGUUUUGCCGAUGCGCAACUACAUGGUCGUGGACAUGGAGGCGGGAGUGAUGUGCUUGGCAAUGAAUCCCAGCAGUGAUCCCGUGUCGAUCUUUGGCAACUUCCAGCAGCAGAACAUGCACAUACUCUACGACGUCGCCGGGAAGACGCUGUCCUUCGCGCCGGCACAAUGCGAUAAGCUGUGA